AUGUUUCCAUUUGUGCUUUUUUCCACCCUGUUUUCUUCCAUAUUUACUGAACCUAGGGAGAAUCGUUGGGUCUGCAACUCCUCUGACGCCACCGUUUGGUACGACUACUGUGAUAACUUGAAAUUUCCUAUUUCAAUACGUUCUGAGCCCUGUAUAACAUUGAAGGGAAGCCGUGGAAUACUCUAUCUCUACUACAUUCCAAGAAGAGAUAUAAAGAGCUUGUAUUUCAAUAUCUAUCUAUCUACUAAGUCCAUGAAUUUCCCAUUGCGCAAAGAAGUUAUUUGCCGAGGAUAUGAUGAUGAUUUUUCCUUUUGCAGAGCUCUGAAGGGAGAGACUGUGAACACAACAAUACAAUUCUCCUUCAGGGGAAUACGAUUUUCUAAGGGACAAUACAACUGCAUUACAGAAGCCAUCGAGGGGAACACUGAAGAAAAGCUCUUUUGCUUGAACUUUACUAUCAUACAUUACCCUGAUUUCAAUUAG